AUGUUCUUGCAACGCAACCUGAAGUCUCUGUCCAUCAUCCAAGUCGUCAUUGCCAUUCUCGGCUUGACUGACUUGGCCACGGCCUUCCCUGUCGGCACUGAGACCUCUGUUGCUGACAGCACUGCAAUCGCCAACCACGAUGCUCCAGCCUACGACUCCGCUGCCUCUGUUCACAUUGACGCUGCUGACAACAACAACAACACCCCCAACUGGCCUUGGCCUCUCUCCCACAGUGUCACCACCAGGGCUACCGCAACUCACUCUACUACUCUGAAGACUUCUGCUAUCAUCGCCCGAGAGACCAACGGAGACAAUGAGCAUUGGCCAUGGCCUAGCGCGACCAACACGCCGGGCAGUAUGGCACAUGCUGCUCAACCUACUUCUAAUGGUCAAGUCUAA